AUGGGAGGUGUGGAAGAUGAAGAACCAGCUUUAAAAAGAACGAAAUUGUCAGCCACAGGAUAUUAUAGUCUUUCUAACUGUUCGUCUUCAGUGGAGUGCAUUGUAGGAUCUUCAAGUGACGUGAUGGCUCGCCCCCUGUCAAAUGAAGGGGCCGACGGAGUUGUUGGUUCGAAAGGGAUUAUCAAAAGAGGGGAGUUUGUAAGGAUAAUCACGGAGGCAUUGUAUUCUCUUGGUUACCAGAAGAGUGGGGAAAACCUAGAAGCGGAAUCUGGCUUACAAUUGAAUUCGGCUGAGGUAAGUCAGUUUAAGCAGCAGAUAAGUGAUGGUGAUUGGGAAAAAAGUGUAGCUACAUUGAAAAAUAUUGGUCUAAAAGAUGAAAGCAUUGUCAAGGCCGCCUCAGUUUUAAUACUGGAGCAGAAAUUUUUUGAGCUUCUUGAUGGGGAUAAGGUCAUGGAUGCAUUGAAUACAUUGAGGGCUGAGAUCACACAACUUUGUGUUGAUAGUACUAGAAUUCGCGAACUUUCUUCCUGUUUAGUGUCUCGGCGUGGCCAAGAUGGUUCUUCUAGGCAAGAUUUUAUAAGGGCGAGGACUCGGUCGGAACUGCUGGAGAAACUACAGAAACUGAUUCCUCCGACUGUAAUGAUACCUGAGAAAAGAUUGGAACAGCUAGUUGAACAAGCCAUCAUCUUGCAACGAGAAGCUUGCUCAUUUCACAAUAUAUUGGAUAAGGAUAUGUCAUUAUAUUCAGAUCACCAUUGUGGAAAAACUCAGAUACCAUCUAGUACAAUACAGGUAUUAGAUGCCCAUGAUGAUGAAGUAUGGUUUGUACAAUUUUCACACGAUGGGAAAUAUUUAGCCACAGCAUCAAAAGAUCAAACUGCAAUCAUUUGGGAGGUUGCUAAAGAUGGUCGACUGUCAAUGAAGCAUAGACUAUCUGGUCACCAAAAACCCGUCUCAUCUGUUUCAUGGAGUCCUAAUGGCCAGGAGCUUCUCACAUGUGGAGUGGAGGAAGCUGUUAUGCGUUGGGAUGUCUCUACGGGUGACUGCCUGCAAGUUUAUGAAAAGAAUGGUUCUGGCUUUAUCUCCUGUGCAUGGUUUCCUUGUGGAAAGUAUGUACUUUCCGGUCUCAGCGACAAGAGCAUAUGCAUGUGGGAAUUAGAUGGGACAGAAGUGGAGUCUUGGACAGGACAAAAAACCCUCAAGAUUUCUGAUUUGGAAAUAACUGUUGAUGGGGAACAUCUUAGUAUUUGUAAAGAGAACGCAAUACUGUUCUUCAAUAAAGAAACGAAGCAUGAGAGAUUUGUUGAAGAGGAUCAGGCGAUAACUUCAUUCUCUCUGUCAAAGGAUAGUAGAUUCUUGUUGGUUAAUCUUUUGAACCAAGAAAUACAUCUUUGGAAUAUAGAAGGUGACCCUAAGCUUGUUAGCAAGUAUAAAAGUCACAAACGCUCCCGGUUUAUCAUUAGAUCUUGCUUUGGUGGGUACCAGCAAUCAUUUAUUGCUAGUGGAAGUGAGGAUUCACAGGUUUACAUAUGGCACAGAAGCUCAGGGGAAUUGGUAGAUGCAUUGCCUGGCCAUUCUGGAGCCGUUAACUGUGUGAGCUGGAAUCCAGCUAACCCCCACAUGUUGGCCUCAGCCAGUGAUGACAGCACAGUCCGGAUAUGGGGCUUAGAACGUCUGGAUGUGAAGUACCCAAAUACAUACAGCAACGGCAACAGCCAUCACAGCAAUGGUGGGAAAACUUAG